CCCCGCUUCCCUCCGCAAUACCAGCCAAGACAAUAGGAGGCGAUGAUGGCUCCGAGGGGCCCGGCUCUGAUCGGGUUAUGGCUGCUCUUUCUGCUGCUCUGGGGCGACCAGGUAUCCUGUGAAUAUGGCAUGGUCCAUGCCUUCUCGGAGAAGGGGAGCGCCAAAGGCAAGGAUUACUGCAUCCUCUUCAAUUCCCUGUGGGCUCCCCUACCCCACGACUUGGGCAAAGCCUCUCUCCUGCAGCUGCAGAACCAGACGGUGUCAGUCUUAUGCUCACCUUCCGACGUGCCCGAAGGAGGGUUCAGCAACACGAUCCCCAUGGUCAUGCGGGGCAACUGCACCUUCUACGAGAAAGUGAGGCUGGCGCAGAUCAAUGGCGCUCGGGGGCUGCUGAUAGUCAGCAGAGAGAGGCUGGUCCCCCCUGCUGGCAACCGGAGUCAGUAUGAAGAGAUCGACAUUCCGGUGGCGCUUUUGAGCUACACUGACAUGCUGGAUAUUGGUAGGAGUUUUGGCCUCUCCGUGAAGGUGGCCAUGUACGCUCCCAGCGAGCCCGUCUUGGAUUACAACAUGGUGAUCAUCUUCAUCAUGGCCGUGGGCACGGUGGCGGUUGGUGGCUACUGGGCCGGAAGCAGAGAUGUGAAGAAGCGGUACAUGAAGCACAAACGAGAUGACGGGGCUGAGAAGCAUGAAGACGAGACGGUGGACGUCAGCCCGGUCAUGAUCUGCGUGUUCGUGGUCAUGUGUUGCUCGAUGCUCGUCCUCCUGUAUUACUUCUACGAUGAUCUAGUUUAUGGCAUUAUCGGAAUCUUCUGCCUGGCCGCUUCAGUCGGCCUCUACAGCUGCCUCUGUCCAUUUGUCCGGCGGUUCCCUUGGGGGAAAUGCAGGAUUCCCGAUAACAACCUGCCAUACUUUCACAAGCGCCCGCAGGUCCGAAUGCUGCUCUUGGCCCUCUUCUGCAUCGGCGUCAGCGUGGUCUGGGUCGUCUUCCGAAACGAGGACCAGUGGGCCUGGGUCCUCCAAGAUGCCCUGGGGAUCGCCUUCUGCCUUUACAUGCUGAAAACCAUCCGCUUGCCGACAUUCAAGGGCUGUACUCUGCUCCUCUUAGUCCUGUUUGUGUACGAUGUCUUCUUUGUGUUCAUUACGCCAUAUUUCACCGAGACCGGGGAGAGCAUCAUGGUGGAGGUGGCUGCCGGUCCAACUGAUUCAGCCACUCACGAAAAGCUCCCCAUGGUGUUGAAGGUCCCGAGGCUCAAUUUCUCGCCACUGGCGCUCUGCGACAGGCCGUUCUCGCUUCUCGGAUUCGGGGACAUUCUAGUUCCAGGACUCUUGGUAGCAUACUGCCACCGGUUCGACAUCCAAGUCCAGUCAUCCAGAGUGUACUUUGUUGCCUGCACCACAGCCUACGGUAUCGGCCUCCUGGUGACCUUCGUGGCCCUGGCGCUGAUGCAGAAAGGCCAGCCGGCGCUCCUCUACCUCGUGCCGUGCACGCUGCUCACCAGCUUCGUCGUGGCCCUGUGGCGCAAGGAGCUGGGCAUGUUCUGGACGGGCAGUGGCUUUGCGAAAGAGCUACCUCAUCCUCCCUUGGUGAUCUCCCCUGUCAGCUGCCCCAAGCCCCCGAAGGAGGUGAGCCCACUGGUGUCUCGGCCCGAAGCAGACGAGAAAACGACCAACCCCACCCUCCACACCGAAGAACCAGACAGUGCCCCAUCAUGCAGCGGGGAGCUGCCGGCCUCCUCCCCGGGGACAGAGGAGCAGACUGAGUCCAGCGGACAGGCGGGCCAGCCGGUCCCCCCCACGCCGUGUAUAGAAGAACAGACUCCUCAGAAAGACGGUACUCCCAAAAGCAAGGACCUCUCGGCAGAACAGAGUCAGUCCGACUAG